GGAUGGGUAGGGGUGUGACCUGGCAAAGAUUUGCUGAGCCUCACUCUCCUUAAUCCUGGAUUUGGACAUUGUGCUCGAAUGAAAGCCUCAGAACCAGACUGAAGUGCUUUCAGGGGUGUAGUGGAGUCGUCCUUUGAGUGUGUGGAGUGAUGGUACUUGAGGAUGCUGUUCCCCCUGCCCCUGAGGGUGGCCUGCAGUCUGCUGGGCUGGUUCUCCCUCUACAAGUGGUUCUGCCACCGCUACAGGCACCGGAAUUCCGAGUGGAGCUGCAGGCUGGUCACCCUGACCCAUGGCAUCCUUGCCACCUGUCUCUCUGCUUACAUUGGCUUUAUUGAUGGGCCCUGGCCUUUGAGCCACCCAGGAUCACCCAACACGACCCUUCAGGUGCACGGGCUGUGCCUUAGCUUGGGCUACUUCCUCUUCGACCUGUGCUGGUGCGUGUACUUCCAGACGGAGGGUGCCCUGAUGCUGGCCCACCACCUGGUGAGCAUCGUGGGCAUCGCGGCCUCGCUGGCCCUGGGCGAGUCGGCCGCCGACGUCAACGCCGUGAUCUUCGGCAGCGAGAUCACCAACCCGCUGCUGCAGGCCCGCUGGUUCCUCAAGGAGACGGGCUCCUACCACACCCUGGCGGGCGACCUGGUGGAUUUCUGCUUCGUGCUCCUGUUCACCGGCGUGCGCAUCGGGAUGGGCGCCUGGCUGAUGUACUGCGAGCUGGCCUCGCCCCGGCCCCGCUGGUACAUCAAGCUGGGGGGGGUCGUCAUGUACGCCGUGUCCUGGGUGUUCAUGCUCAGCAUCUGCCGCUUCGCCAGGAGGAAGAGCAUGAAGAAGUACCGGGCGUGGAGGAGCCGGAGGGGCGGCGAGCUGUGCCUGAAAACCAACGGGCACCUGAAGACCCACUGAGGGCGGUGCUGGGGAAGGACUUCCUCGAGUCCACGCUGCCUGAGGUCGGGAGAGGAGCCAGCACACGUUAGCAGUCCUGGAGACAGAUUCAUCCCUGGUGCAGCUCCACUGAAAUCCGUGGAGCUGUGCCGUGGAUUCGUUGGGGCAGCAGCGUUUGGCCUGGCGGGGGCUGGGUGAGCACACGCUGGGUGGCACGAGGGAAAGAAGGGCUAAUUUUAUAUACUGACCAUUAACUAGUCCAGCAGUGCAGGUGUAGAUAGUGGUGUGAGUAGAAAACUCCUUCAGCACCGGUAGAACCUUGGAGAGGAGAGGAGGAGGUAACAGUAGGUCUUCAUGUUCAGUGUCCUGUGCAGUGUAGGCAGCUAGGAGUGUUCAUACUGGUAGGAAGAAGCAUGUUCUAGUGUUGCAUCAAAUUCCUGGCUCUUCCACCAACUCCCUGUGUGACCUUGGGCAAGUCACAUAACUCUAACUCUGUGCCUAAUUCCCCAUCUCUGUGACUUGGGGGUGAUGGAGCUGAUCCAUCUGUGUUAUGCACUUUCAGAUUUUUCCUUGAGAGGUGCUACGUAAAUGCAGAGUGAUGGUUGUUACCUGCACUUCGUUCAUUAUCCCGGUGUUCCCUUUGGGAGAAACGGCUUUGGUGGUUGAGCUGGAGUGUGACUCUAGAAAAAUCAAUAUUUUAGGUAGGUUGUUGUUUCCUACCCUUUCUAGUUCCUUUUAAUAACUUAUUUAUUAACAUAUUGAUAACUUAUUUUUCUGUAGUGUCCAGAAGCUCUAAUCAGCACUGGAGCCUUACAGGACUAGAGGUGCUCUGUGAAUACACCCAAAGACACAGCCCCUGAUGGGAAAUGCUUUUAUAACUUCUCCCUCUUCAUCCCUGACUGUUAAAACUCCACCCAUCCCCUACAAAACACUCCUUUUAGCUCCUUGAGUGACUCUCUGUUGUGAGAAGCCCCAUCAGGACUUGCCAGUGAGGGGUUUUCUGGCUGAUUUGUCUGCAGAACACCACAAUUCCCUCUGCUGUGACCUGAUCUUGGCUCUCCUUCAUCUGAAUUGAUGCCUUGACCUCUGGGCUUUGAAUUCACUUUGUCUCCCUCACUGGAUCUGUGUCACUUUAUAAAACGAGCAUUUAUAGGCUCAGGGAGACUUAUUUUACAACUUGAUAAUUAAAGAAGCAGAGAGGCACAGAAUGUGGCCUUUUUUAAUCAAAAAAAAAAAAAAAAAAAGUGAGCCUGACUGGGAGAAAAAAAUAAUCAUUACUUAUCUGGUCCCAUUUGCAGGGAAAAAUUAUCCCCAGUUGGCAGCUUCUGGUGUUUGUUCCACUGCAUAUUCUUCAGCUGUUCCUUUGUUGUUGCUGUCAUUAUUAGGAUCAUUUCAUCUGAGCCUCAGCACCAGCUCUCCAGUGCAGCUCAGGGCCUGAGCCUCCCCUGCUGCAGCCAAAGACCUGGAGAGCCCAAAAAAAAAGCCCUUCAGGUGAGCAGAGCCAAGUGGGGAGCUGGUCCUGAAAAGGAACCUUGGCUCAUCCAGCACUACUGAGCCUUGAAGGGGGACAAGAAGGAAGGGCUUGUUGGGGCUUGCUGGUUCUUUCCCAGCUCUCCUGAGCGUGUCAAGGAGCCUUUUUUUGGCCUCAGCUUACCCACUUUCUGCAGUGGGUACAGCAUUACCUACCUCGUGGGGUGUUUCCAUUUGGCACCGAGCCCCCUUUGAUGAAUGUUGGGUGGUUUGUGCUGCGUAAAAGCAAAAUGCUGGUGCUUUGAGCCAAGCACUUCUCGCUGUGACCCAUCAGCAGCACUUCUGUCAGCUGGACAUGGCACUUCCCAGCAUCUGCUUGCCUCCCAGGAGCCGAGUCCGAGGUGUUUUGUGAAGGUGCUUUGUGGGCAGGAGCCAAAGGGACUAAAGCACGUGCUGCUUCUGGUUCACAUGGACCCCCCUCCGAGGCUGAAGGAAGGAUGUCUGGUGGGUUUUCCCUGGCAAGGAUUGUGGUAAAUCUGGAGCCAGAAGAGUUUUCAGCAGCUGGCCUGACCAGGGAAAGGGGCUUUCAGCAGCAAGGCCUGAAGUGAGGUAGGUGAGAACAGCCUGCUUGUUUCUCAGUGCAGCUGUUGGACUUGCCCACCAAGAAGAGCUUCCUGAGCAGCCCUGGUAUUUUGGGCUCUGAGGUUUGGUGUGCAGUUUGUUGGUGGUUACCUGGACAUCCCACACCUGCCCAGGGGAACGAGGACGCCACUGACUGCAGGUACCUGUGAAACACCUUGUGUGGAGAUGUUUGGAAUUACAGUGGUCCCCCUUUCUUUGAGCUGGGGGGGAACUUGGUUGGAAGGAGAACAUGGAUCAGUGGCUUCAGAAGUUAAACAAAGGGCACCAGCAAACAAAAGGGCAGUUAGGAACAGCACAGACUCACACUCCCAGAAGUACAACUCCCAAGCUGUGGAGCACAGGGUGGGACCUGUCCUCAGGCUAGUCCAUAGUGGCUAGAGCAAACUGUGAGAGGAAACUGCAGAGCUAGCGUGGAAUAAUAACUUGUGUUUGAAUUACUGUGUAAUAGCAACUAAUGUUCCACCAGUGAAUGGUGUAGAUGCUUUGUAUUAUGUUUUAUAAAAUAAAGAUUAUUUAAUUAUA